AUGGCUGAGACUCACAGUUUACAGGAACUCCAGCAGCCUGCUGUCAGCGCCAAGGUGUUUGUCCAUAGAGACUAUAGUUCAGGAACUCUCUGCAAGUUCCAGAACAAGUUCCCUGCUGAACUCGAAUCCAGGAUGGAAAGGCAACAUUUUGAGGAGACCAUUCAGACUUUAAACAACUUGUAUGCUGAGGCAGAGAAGCUUGGGGGGAAAUCCUACUUAGAGGGCUGCCUGGCCUGCCUCACUGCCUACACCAUAUUCCUUUGCAUGGAGACUCAGUAUGAAAAGGUGUUAAGGAAGGUCGCCAGAUACAUUAAAGACCAGAAUGAGAAGGUCUACAAUCCCAGGGGGCUACUGCUGACUGACCCUAUUGAGAGAGGCCUCAGAGUCGUUGAAAUUACGAUCUUUGAAGACAGAAGUUUUGUCCCUACAAGAUAA